AUGUCGAAGUGUCUGACUUGUACAGAAAAAUCACGGCAACUUGGCUUCCUCAGGUUUAGGAACCUUGACUUUGCACGCGACUUUAUGGACCGCAACUUCCCAUCGAUCUAUCUGCAUGGACCUAAUGCCGGCAAUAAUGACAAGGGUACCAAAGUCCGAAUCGCCUAUAGCCGCGAGAGGGAGGAUCGCGCUCGUGCCAGGGCCGACGCUGACUGGACCUGCAAAAUGUGCGCCAUCGUUAACUACUCGACUCGUAAUAAAUGCUUCCGAUGCCAAGCGCCCCGGCCUGAGGCUGGCCCGGCUGGUCCACCUGGAAUUGCUGCUCCGAAGGUUGAGAACAACGGCGACAAUGAUGCGGCUCCAGACAAUCAACCUUCGCAGUUUCUUCUCUUCCGAGGGCUAGAGCAUUCUGUCACCGAAGAGCUUCUUGCAAAGGGCGUGGCUAAGCUCUAUCGACCUACUCCCGGCUCGGGUGGAUCUUCGGAGAACCAAAGGAAGGGGGCCAAGGUGGCUUCCACCACUGGUGAUUCCAACCUUGGGGCAAGAGAUGGCUCUAUUCGCCGUGUCUUACUGGUCAGAGACCGCAAAACCAACGAGAGCUGGCGCUAUGGAUUUGCGGAAUUCGCCACUGUUCAGGAUGCCCAAGCGGCUGUUGCGCGACUUCAUUCAUUUGAAAAAUUUACCAUCUCCUCAAAGCCUGUGCUUGUAAGCUACAUACACGCUGGCGUGUUUGUACCUGUCAUCAAUCCUUCGGCGAGCACGGACCGGUUCACCUUCAGUCCCCUCAGUAACCCAUCCUUGAAGCUUAUGUACUGGGAUGAGGAGGCAUAUGCGACAGAAUUGACAGUGUCGACUGCCGAGUUGGACAAUAACCAAGUAUCGACCGCGCAGGGGCAAGCGGAAAACCAAGGGAAGAGUUCAAAAGACGCAGAGAAGGCAAGGAAGCGAAAAGCAGACGCCGCAGCAAGCGCAGCGUCCAAGAAAGUUGCGGUACCCUCUCAUCUGCAGUUCUGGAGUAAUCGUCAUGCUGAGCUGCAUGGCAUUCAGAAAAGGGACGCAGAGGAGAAGGGAAGCGACGGCGGCGUGGAAAGCCGUGGGUCGCCGGCCGAUGCUGCGGCUCCUCCCACACAAUCCUAUGCUGAUUUGAAUCGGAAUUGCUGCUACCUGUGCAUGCGGCAAUUCAAGAGCUCAGCUGACGUCAACAGACACGAACGUCUCAGUCAGCUGCAUCGUGAUAAUUUACAGAACGACGAAUUGAAAUCCAAAGCAAUGGGCAAGCUCAUUAAACAUGGCAUCGUUCAGUCUACCCCCGAGUACAGGGACCGUGCAAGGGAACGUCGAAAGGCGUUUGGCAGCUCGCGAACGUCGACCAAGCCCAAGCCUGCUGCGCCGAAGGAGGAGGACGAGCCACCAGUGGAGACAACAUCGAAGGGUGCAUCGCUCCUCAGCAAGAUGGGUUGGUCGGCCGGCUCUGGGCUGGGAGCUCAGGGUACGGGCAUGACCGCCCCGAUAGCCACGGAGGUGUAUGCGCAGGGUGUCGGACUGGGUGCGCAAGGAAGCAAGCUGGGUGAUGCGGUCGAAGAAGCGGGACGCAACACUCGCAACCGGUACGAUGAGUUCCUGGAGAAGACGAGACAGACUGCGCGGGAGCGAUACGAACGGAUGGACAAGUAG